AUGUUCACUUCAAGUCAUAAUCCUGGGCCCAAGCUCGGGUCGGGAAACAACAGUCGACCCUCGAGCAAAGAUGGCCCAAAGAAGAAUAUCUGGUCUUCUAUGUUAGAUAGCGUCGCCAACGGAAAGCGCUUGCCGGAAAAGAAUCUUCUUAUCCUAGGAGGCACCCCAGAGAGCCAAAGAGAGUUUUUAGACACACUGUCUGCGGACACAUCAGAUCCCAGCUUGUCAAACGACAGGAGGAAGGGAAGGUUACCCCCGGUUGCCAAUCAGUUUGCUUUGGGAUACACCUACCAAGAUGUUCUAGACGCUGACCAAGAAGACACUUUGGCGCGUGUCUCUGCCUAUCUACUUUCCGAACCCUCCCUAUCUUUUGCGCCCCUCCUCAAACCGCUUUUGACCGCCCAAUCUGUCCCGGAGACGCUGGUCGUGAUCCUGCUAGACUGGUCAGACCCUUGGACAUGGGUCCGGCGGCUAAGAGAAUGGGUCCGCCUUUUGCGACAUGUACUCAUUUCUCUAGAUGACGAGACAAAAAUCGUAAUGGAAGAAACUAUGACAGAGUGGAGGGAUCGAAAGAGGGGCAUGGACCCCAGUUCAACAGGGGCACAAGGGCUGACCAGCUCGGGUGGCCCGGUGACGAUACCUUUGGGGCCCGGCGAGUGGGACGAGGGGCUGGGAAUUCCUAUGUGUGUGGUCUGUCAGGGAGCUGAUAAGAUCGAGAAACUGGAGAAGGACCAUGGCUGGCACGAGGAGGAAUUCGAUUUCAUUCUGCAGUUCAUGAGAACAAUUCUUCUCAAACAUGGCGCAUCACUUAUCUAUACUACACCUUUUCUGGUCAACUCGCUUCAGAGCUUAUUACAUUCGUCGCUCGGUAUACACUCGCUCCUAAAGAGACAGUCCCUCAAGCACAACGUGAUUGAUCGCGACAAGAUCCUAGUACCUUCAAACUGGGACUCGUGGGGCAAGAUUCGAAUUAUUAGGGAAGGUUUUGAUAUGGAAGGAGUCUCAACAGCAUGGUCGAUCGAGAUUCAGGAUCCGCCAGAGCCACUCUCUGGUUCGUCGAUGGAUGAUGCUAAGCCUCAAGGCGAAAAUGCAGCCGGUCUGGAUGAUGGAACAAGCGCCGUGGCUAUCUUCGAACAAACGAUCAAAGACCCCAAACGAGAUGCAUCCAUGACGCAUCCUGGCAGUCAACAUAGCAAAAGCAAGGUUGAGGUCGACACAUCGGACAUGCAAAGCUUCUUAACAAAACAGUUGGAGGUCCUAGAACAGUUGAAAAUUGAAGAUGAGAAAGAUCGCACAGCUAAACCAGUGCCCCAGCUUGAGAUGUCACCGCUAGACGAUAAUGGCCGAGUGAAUGAGCACAUCGGGCCUGUCCAAUUCAAUAUGGGCGGAAUUCAGGUGGAUGCUGAUGAUAUGUUAAGGAAACUCAAGGAGAGAGAGGCCAACCGAUCCCAGAGAAAGGAUACCCUUUCAGCACCCCCUGGCGAGAAAUCGCACAACCAAGCACUGGCAAACUUCUUUGCGGGCUUGGUCAAGAAGCCUGGCGGAAGCCCUCGCGGGAGCCCAUCGGCAUAG